AAACACAAAACCAGGCAGCACUGUCCUUCCUGUCAUUACCAAAAAAAGGAAGGAAAAAAGAGACAUUUUGAUCUUUCAAGAUUUGAUUACAAGGAGAGCCUGCCCUCUGGUUCUUCUUCACCUUGUUCUUCGUGGUCCUGAAGUAACCACAAAUAUCUGGAAUAAUAAUAAAAGAGGAUCUAUCUGGGUCUGAAAAUGUACGGAUUCGAGGCCAUGACAUUCAACAUCCAUGGAGGGUACUUGGAAGCCAUCGUGAGGGGACACAGAUCAGGGCUUUUAACAGCAUCUGAUUACAACAAUCUCUGCCAGUGUGAAACCCUUGAUGAUAUCAAGAUGCAUCUCUCUGCUACCGAGUACGGUCCCUAUCUUCAAAACGAACCUUCUCCGUUGCAUACCAUUACUAUUGUGGAGAAAUGCACUCUGAAAUUAGUUGAUGAGUACAAGCACAUGCUAACCCAAGCCACAGAGCCCUUAUCCACCUUCUUGGAGUAUUGCACAUAUGGUCACAUGAUAGACAAUGUUGUCUUGAUUGUAACCGGAACCUUGCAUGAGAGAGAUGUUCAGGAGCUAUUGGAGAAGUGCCAUCCUUUGGGCAUGUUUGACAGUAUUGCCACCCUGGCUGUUGCUCAGAAUAUGCGAGAGCUUUACAGAUUGGUGCUUGUUGACACACCCCUGGCACCAUAUUUCUCAGAGUGCAUCACAUCAGAUGACUUGGAUGACAUGAAUAUUGAAAUUAUGAGGAAUACCCUUUACAAGGCAUAUCUUGAGGAUUUUUACAGGUUUUGUCAGAAACUUGGAGGUGCCACAGCUGAGAUCAUGUCUGACCUCCUCUCCUUUGAGGCUGACAGAAGGGCUGUCAAUAUCACCAUAAAUAGCAUUGGCACUGAGCUGACCCGGGAGGAUCGUAGGAAACUGUACUCGAAUUUUGGCUUGCUUUACCCCUAUGGACAUGAGGAACUUGCUGUCUGUGAGGAUUUGGAUCAGGUUCGUGGUGUCAUGGAAAAAUAUCCUCCUUAUCAGUCAAUCUUUGCCAAGUUGUCAUAUGGUGAGAGUCAGCUGCUUGACAAAGCAUUUUAUGAAGAAGAAGUGAAGAGGUUGUGCUUAGCUUUUGAGCAACAGUUCCAUUAUGCUGUCUUCUUUGCAUACAUAAGAUUGAGGGAGCAGGAGAUCAGGAAUCUGAUGUGGAUAUCUGAAUGUGUGGCUCAGAAUCAGAAGUCUAGAGUUCAUGACAGUGUUGUCUUCAUAUUUUAGUUGCUUUACAGGCCAUUAGAAAUGAAGCAUGUGGCCUUUUUGCAUAAUCCACUGUAAAUUGCCUUUCCAUGACGCUGUUGAUGAUCUUAAGCUGCAGAGCAUGCCUAGUUAUAUUGUUUGGAGACGUGGGUUAAAAUAAGUGGCGAAAUAUGUUUUAUUUGUAUUCCCAAAAUGAAAAAUACUUUAUUUGUUAUUUGGAGGCACAAAUAAUGUAUCAGUAUUCAAAAAUAUUAUGGUUGUGGAGAAAUGACUUUGUUUA